ACCUCCAUCUUUACUAUUCAUUGCGAGGUCAAGCAUCGCGUGCGUGGACUUCGCUACCCGUUGUUUUAUUUUCCUUUAACGGAAGGGGUUAGGGUCAGAUAAGUCUCACAAUGGCAGAUAAGAUGGAUAUGUCUUUAGAUGAUAUCAUCAAACAGAAUAAGAGUCAGCGAGGGGGUGGCGGUCGCGGUGGAAGAGGUGGCCGCGGCCGGGGAGGUGCAGGCGGGGGUCGCGGUGGUGGCGUCGGGCGACUUGGAGGCUCCGGUGGCUUUGGAGGCCGAGGCGGUGGAUCAGGCCCCAUGAGGAGUCGACAGAACCUGAGCCGCGGUAGAGGCAGACCGACACCGUACAGCAGGCCCAAGCAGCUCCCCGACAAGUGGCAGCACGACAUGUUCGACAACGGCUUCAGCACCAUGGGCGGCGGCGGCGGAGGAGGCGUGGAAACCGGCGGCAAGCUGCUCGUGUCCAACCUCGAUUUCGGAGUGUCGGACGCAGACAUCCAGGAGCUGUUUGCGGAGUUCGGCACCCUGAAGAAAGCGGCGGUUCACUACGACCGGUCCGGCCGGAGCCUCGGCACAGCUGACGUCCACUUUGAGAGGAGAGCAGACGCCCUCAAAGCCAUGAAGCAGUACAACGGCGUCCCCCUCGACGGACGGCCAAUGAAUAUUCAGCUAGUCACAUCACAGAUCGACACACAGAGGCGACCUAUGCAGGGUCUGAACCGCGGCGGUGGCGGCAUGAACAGAAGAGUCGGCGGCUUCGGCGGCAUCCAGAGAGGUCGUGGUGGCCGAGGGGGAGGCGGAGCCAGGGGCCGGGGCAGAGGCGGCGGCAGAGGAGGCCAGAGCAAACAGCAGCUCUCCGCAGAGGAGCUGGACGCCCAGCUAGACGCCUACAACGCCAGGAUGGAUACCACCUAAAUGCCCAAAGUGCCCCUACCCUCACCGCUGACUGUCCAAUCACGCGAGGGCCGUGGUCGUUGUGGAGACAGCAGUGGACAGUUUCGGAAGAGUUUUACACCUGAUGUGUUUCAGAUGUGAUUUAAACUUGUGUAUCGUUCUUUCUCCUUUUAAAAUGCUCCAGAAUGUUUUUUACCUCUUGUUUUUUUUUUUUUUUUUUCAUUUUUCAAAAAAAAGAUAGUGGACUUGGCUGUAGGAUUUUAACGGGGGUUCUCCUUGUUGUAUUGGUUUCUCCCACCCCCUUGUAGAUCAUUGAAAUAAACCUACAGUUGCUUAUAACCA